AUGCCCGGCCUCUCCACCUCCCCAGCAUACAACCACAUCACCAUCAACAAACUACAUCCGACAUUCGGCGCAGAAAUAAGCGGUGUAGAUUUCUCGCGAGCGGUGGAGAAAGACGUCUUUGAUGAGAUUUUAGCUGCAAUCACACAGUUUGGCGUAUGCGUGUUUCGGAACACGGGACUCGACGAUGCAGGUCACGUUGCCUUUGCAGGGCAGUUCGGCGAGUUGGAUGAUGUGACCCCCUACACGGCCGGGGGACGAGCACAUCGACUAUCCGACGUCCGGUUAUUUGACGUGGGUAAUAUCGAACUAGACGGGACGGUGUUUGCGCUGGAUAACGUGCGUCGUGAGUGGAACAAGGGCAAUGGACUCUUCCACGUUGACUCGAGCUUUAAUCCCCGGCGAGCCGGAUAUUCCUUGCUGCGGGCGCAUGAGCUCCCGCCUGCGGGGAUGGGCGGAGAAACCGACUUUGCCGAUGUACGAACAGCCUUUGAUGAGUUACCGACUACUUUGAAAGAGGAGCUCCGAGACAAAGACUAUAUCACAGCACACUCGCUCUGGCACUCACGCAAGACCGCUGCGCCGGGGACCUUUGCCGACGUCAAUCCUGAGGAUUAUCCGAUGGGACGACAUCGCCUGGUGCAACGACACGAGGCAUCGGGACGAGAGACGCUGUAUCUAGCAGCGCACAUCCACCAUAUCGAAGGGUUAGACCCGGAUGCGUCGCGGGCGUUAGUUGAUAAAUUGUUUCGACAUGCGACGCAGCCACGCUACGUGCUUCGGAUUGGAUGGGAGUCACCCGGGGAUAUGAUCCUGUGGGAUAAUACCAGUGUGAUGCAUCGUGCGGUCGGGGGCAGCUUUGAAGGUCGGUUUCGUCGGGACAUGCGGCGGGCGACGGUGCACGAUGGGAGUAGCUCGGCGUGGGGGUUGAAUGAGAAGAGUGAUGUGCGUCAGGGUUUGCCAUGA